CUCCGCACGCUAAACGACUAUUGUCACUAGUACCUAUUGUAAGUGUUUUGUGUCGUGCAAAUUGUGUUUAUUGAAUUAUAAGGAUGUUGUCGACAAAAUGGAUAGUAUGCGCUCUCGUCGUCGUUUGCGUCAGUAUACGACAAUCUGCAGCAGCGCCUGCGCCGCAAGAAGAAGCGUCACCGCCUAUGCCCUAUGAAUACAAAUACGACGUGGAAGAUCAAGAAAAAGCUUUAUACUUUGGAGCCAACGAAGCAGGUGAUGCUCAAGGCAAGGUCAUUGGUGGUUACCGUGUUCUACUCCCAGACGGUCGCCUCAUGACCGUGGAAUACACGGUCGAGGGUGAAAGUGGUUUCGUCCCCAAAAUCAGCUUUGAAGAAAACGCGAAUCCGUUCGGCAAAGGAAACUAGGCUUAAGGUAGAUAAGACUGCAUAGCGGACAAAUUCGUAGUUAAAAUUGUGUACAAAUUUUGAUUAAUAAUACAAGUUUUGAAUACAAAUUGCUGAUUUUGUACACUAUGUUUGCAUCAGUUCUUUCAGCAGUAACUAUGCUACGUAAUGUUUGAGUCAUAAUAUUUAAAACUU